AUAAAUAAACAGCGCGGUGUUCGGUUUCUUUUAGGCUCCAGCAAAUUUACAAUAUUUUAAAUAAUCUCUAAUCUAAACCACAGCAAUAUAUUGCACCUUUAGAUUAUUUAUGAAAACGUCAUAUCAAGGAUUCCAAUGGCAACUUUGAUAAGAAAACGCCCUCUCGAAACGCCACCGGCACCAGAAGGUAGGUCUGACUUUACUGGAAUUCAAAGAUGCUCAUCCAGAAGGCAUGCAGAAACAUCAGAAUAUGUGAGUAAGCGGGUGAAGAGGCAGAAUUCAAACAAAAUGCGAAGAGUUCCCUCUUUCAGGAGGAGGCAGUUAGGAGCUAUGAGUUCACAUGCUAGAGGUCAGCUGAAGAUACUGAUCAGCCAAGAGAAGUCUGAUAUAUCUAUCAAUAUAAUUCAGGCCAGGAAGCUAAUGUCCUCAGGCAGAAGUGUCUGUAAUCCAUACGUGAAAGUGCUCUUAAAAAAUGAUGGUAUUAAGGGAAAGAGAUCAAACUAUGUUUGGAAAAAGACCAAACCAAUGCAGAACAACAGAAAUCCAAAGUUCAAGGAGCAUUUUAAUUUUGCUCUUAGAGAAACUUCACGAAAUGGAAGGAUUAUUUUAUCAGUGUACAAUCGAAUUGGAGCAAAGAAUGAGUUUCUAGGUUGUAUGUCAUUUGGUAUUCAAAGUCUGUUAGCCAGUCAUAAGGAGAUCAGUGGUUGGUAUUAUCUGCUUGAUCAUGAUCUUGGUGUCAGGAAGCAUCAGCCUGUGGCAAUCCAGAGGACAAGAUCUCGUCUUGGCAGCACAUCCAAAAUGAAACCAAAGUUUUUGACCAUUGAACGUGGAGAUGAUGGCAGGUAUGGGUUCACGUUGUUGGAUACACUUCCAGUUCGUGUCAAUGUCAUUGUGCCAGGUGGUCCUGCUGAAAAGGUUGGGCUUCAGAGUAAUGAUCUUUUCUUGGAACUCAAUGGCUUCAAUGUGUUGACCAUUGAACGUGGAGAUGAUGGCAGGUAUGGGUUCACGUUGUUGGAUACACUUCCAGUUCGUGUCAAUGUCAUUGUGCCAGGUGGUCCUGCUGAAAAGGUUGGGCUUCAGAGUAAUGAUCUGUUCUUGGAACUCAAUGGCUUCAAUGUGGUAGGAAGCAGUUGCAAGACCAUUGUUGAACUGAUUGCACAAGCUCCUGGAAAGCUAUGCCUACUUGUGCAGCCUUAUGCAGACAUCAAAGAAAGCCUUGUCACACUGUCUACACAGACACUGUCUGUGACACCUGCCAUCUCUGUCAGAAGGUUGACUGUGACUCCAGCUCCAUUAUGCCUUGCCGAACAAUCUACAUCUGUACAAAGAGCUCUUCAAGAAGUCAACCUUUCCUCUGUUCUUACUGAUGAGAAUAGUAGCCAACGUCCAUUCAUCCAUCCGUCUUCAACUAUUGAUAAAUUUUGUCCAGGUACUUCCAAGCCAUUGCCAGUCACUCCAUCCAACCCAACUUCUAUUGAAACGCAUUCUCUUGAACCAUUGCCAAACACUCCGUCUAACUCUUGCUUUGCAAAGCCUUAUCCAGUGAGUAAGAAUUCAUUGUCAAAUAAACCGUCCACUUUAGUCAAUAUGUUAGGUAAUGAUGCUGAUAAUAUGGCAUUGUCCUCGGAAGAUGCCUUCGAUCCUGCCACUGAUCCAGAGCAGACUCAAAAUAUGCAAUUGAAUAAAGCCUCUACCAGUAAGCAACACAGGCCAAUCAUGCAAUCCAGUCCAUUUAGUGAACCAACAAGUUAUGUUUCUGUCAGUUGUGUGUCACCAGGUUCAUUGGAUGGCCAUGGUGACUCUCUUUCAUCUGACUCUUCCUUCAGCUCCACAUCAUCAUUGUCUGAUGAUUCUGAAGUAAGGGAUGGCAGUUGGUAUGAGGGAUUACUUCUGGAGAAGUUAGAAGUCACUGGGGUUGCUGAAGUUGCAUCAGUUUUUAGUCUACCAUUUUUUCAGAGGAGUUCUCCUGUAGUACCAACUCCAAAGCCAAAACCAGAAAUACCAAAAAAACCAGAAAAGCCAAAGGUUCCAUUAAAAUUACAAAUACCAGUAAUAUCAAGAUCUAUGAUUCCAGAAAAACCAAAGACACUAGAAAAUGCAAAACCAAAGAUACCAGAAAAACCAAAGCACCUUGUUAAACAAUAUUCUGCAAGAAUUGUUUGUGCUAAAGGUGUGGAAGUGCCAUCUAUUCAGCAGGAGAAAGACCCUUGGCAGAAAAUCAGCACCAUCCCUCUAGAUACAUCGCCAAUAAAGAGGAAAGGAAACAAAAUUUCUGAGAACAUAAUCCCAGAGUCUAAAAAGAUACGCCAUUCUAUUGAUGAUCGUGUAAUGACAUCCAACAUCAAGCAAACAGAAAAAAUCAUUCCAUUUAAUGAGAGUCCAUACAAAGUUAGUGUUGUUUCUGAAGUCCAACCUAUGCUCCACGAAGGAACAGACAACUCAACAGAUGACAAAGGUCUUCAAAGCUCUGCAAAUUCUGAGGAAUCACUUUCUGAUGGUGCCAUUACAAUUCACUGUAGAAGUCUAUCAAAGAGUAUUGAAGAAAAUGAUGCUGUGUAUAUUGUUGACAUGCUGUGCGAUAUGGAAAAGGAUAAGGAUGACAGUAAGGGAUCGUCAAGCCUACAGGACAACCUCAAUGUUUGCAAAGAUGGAGAUGACUCUGGGAUGAGUGGAGAACGUGCCAAAAGCAAGAGACCAAGCACCAAACAAACCAUUAUGCUGGGAGGUGUCAAGAGAGAAGUCAUAUUCAACAAGAAAGUAGAGGCAUUUAUUGUUGAUAUUCCUGGAAGAGACUUCAUUCAUGCUGGCAAACUGUUCAUUAGAAAGAAAGUCAACAUGAUUCAAGAGGUUUUUGGUAUACUGUUUUCUGAUAUGCUGAUAUUUACUAAGCAAGUCCUACCAAACAAGAUUAAGGUGCUUCAACCACCUGUUAAGUUCUCAGAUGUUAGUGUAAUGGAAUUCAUCACAAAAAGAGCCACUGAAUUCCACAUCUUUAUGGUAACAUCAGGCCACCCAGCUAUGCUCAAAUCAAAUAAGAUUGUACUUGGCGCUCCAACAAGUCGUCUGAAAAAAGUUUGGCAAUUUCUGUUGCAACAGUAUAUACUUGAGUUCAAGAUCUCUUCUCUCAAAAGCAAUUUUUAUGUGUGAGGAAUAAACAGGAAUUCUAGUGGAAAUUGCAACUCAUAAACCCUUUAAAGAGUGAAGUCAUUUUUUGUGAGGAAAUAUUCUGUCAAUAGUAUUUGAACAUUUAU